AUGUGUCCAUCAAGUUAUUUCGGAGAACGUUGUGAAAAUCAACGAGAACGAAUUUCCAUAGUUCUACAUGUCGUUUCCUCACCAAAAUUUCAAAGAAAUAACGCCAUUAAAGUUAUUUUGUAUUUAGUUGAUACGGCAUCUCAACAGAUUUUAGCAGAUGAAGAAAUUUUGCAUUUUCCCUAUGUUCAUUCAUCGUACAAACAUUUAGUUUUGCUAUCCUCUGAUCGAGCUCCUCAUUCUUUUGUUCGUAUUGAUACAUAUGAAGUGGAUAUGAAACAAGUCAUUGGCUAUCGUGCAUCCUGGAAAUACGACCUUCCUUUUCCAUUUUUACCUGUACGUCGAUUAGCUAUUCGACUUGUCUUGUCAGAUGAUAAUGGUUUCUCAGCUCAAACUGGAUUCACAUGUCACACAUGCAUUCAUGGCCAAUGUUUACCAUAUCAAAAUUCUGAUGACGUGUUUUGUCAAUGCUACGAUGGAUGGACUGGUAUCGGAUGUAAUGAAUCUUUCAUUUGUGCAUCAGGAGCGAUGCCUAUUAAUUCAAAUCGAUGUAUAUGUCCAAUGAAUCGCUAUGGUACUCGAUGCUUUAUCUCAAACAUUGCUGUAUGUCAAUGUCGCAAUGGAGGUACUUGUAUACUGCUAGAUGCUCGUGCUGGACAAAGUGCAUGUUUGUGUUCAGAAAAUUAUUUUGGUCAGUAUUGUGAACGACAACAUGCUAGUCUCAAAAUAACAACAUUUGAUAAAUAUCAGCCUGAAAUAUUACCUAUCGUUCUAAUUCAGUUCAUCCAAUUUCAUGAAUCGGACUACACGUAUUUUGAAAGUACAAUUUUAUUUGAACGUAUUUCAACUAUUCGAGCUCUUUCAAUAUAUCACAUCGAUCACGAAAGUCUACCACCUAUGGUUAUUAGUAAAAUCUUUUACAGCUCAUCAGCUGAAGAUUAUGCUUAUUAUAUUAUUUUACAAGUACCCUUGCUCAUAUUUCGAAAGGAUUUUCAACUCAAAUAUGUAGAGACACAACUAGAAACAAGACAAAAAUGUUCAGAUGUACGUAAGAUGAAAAUUUUCAAGACACCUAUUAAUAUACUUACAUAUCCAUACAUCAAACGUAUUAAAUAUUAUCUUCGUGUAUGCUUCCAAAACAAUAUAACAUGUUUUCAUGAUGAGAUCUAUUUUUGUUCGUGUCCUACACAAAAAAACCAUACUGUAAUGUGCAAAAUCUACGAUCACAAUCGAGAAAAAUGUCAAACGUCUAGUUAUUGUCUCAAUGGAGGUUUAUGCAUUGAAAAUCGACGUAAAGGAAUAGUUGAAUUUGCAUGUCUAUGUAUAUCAUGUCAUUACUAUGGCUCACUAUGUCAAUUCUCAACAGGGCAACAAGGUUUAUCACUCGAUGCAUUGAUUGGCGUUGAGAUGCGUACAGGAAAAACUCUAUCAAAACAAUCGAUACUAAUCAAAAUGAGUCUGACCAUCCUUACAUGUAUGAUUACACUUGGAUUCAUCGGAAAUAUCUUGUGUGCAAUAACAUUCGUUAGAAAAAAAUCUCGAGAAGUAGGAUGUGGCUAUUAUUUGUUUCUUAUAUCAAUAUAUAAUCAACUUGCAUUAAUACUACUUGGUUUGAGAUUUGUAUAUCUUCUUAUCACUCAAAUGAUAUUAUCAAAUAAUCGAAUUCAAUUGCUUUUUCUAUGUCAAUGUCUUGAAUUUGGGCUAACACUCUUUCCAAAUCUUUCCAAUUGGCUAUCAGCAUGUGUGAGUGUAGAGCGGACAUAUGUAGUAUCAUAUGGUACUUUCUUUAGUCGAAAGAAAAGUGUACGUGCUGCUAAGCUAUUAUGUAUUAUUUUGUUGAUAGUACUUGGUGGUAUGACUGUACAUGAACCUAUGACACGUUAUUUGAUUGAAGAUCCUCGCUUGGGUCGGUAUACUUAG